AUGCAAAGGACUGCGAAGGAAAUAACCCCGAGGACGAAGGGGAAUGCUGUGAAUAGCUCGCAAGGAUCUCUAAAGCGCAGUCGGGACUCAACAGCCGAGUCUCCUUGCGGCGAUAGUGGCUAUAGUAACCCUGAUGGCUCUGGAAAUGAUGAAUAUUCGCCAAAGAAACCUCGCCAGACAAAUACAAGAAGCCGAAAAACGCAGACGAAGCAAGCUGUUAAGAAAACAGACAGCAAGGACGCCAUCUGGAAAGAGCUUCAAAAGACACAAAAGAAACUGGACGAGGUGGUGGUUGAGUCCAUCCAGAACGCCCGUAAAGGGGGUAGAGGCCUCUGGGAUGAUACAAGGAUCAACACUGCCAUGGAGAAUAUUGUCAAGGAAACCAGAACUUGGGUGGAUCGGUGGGUCAUGAAGAAAAAUGUCCCAGAUUUGAUUAAUCCAGACGAGAAGAAUAUAAUGUCUUACAACGAUCAGGAGACGAGGAACUUAUACAAGGCGACUUUCUUCAAUAGCGAUCUUCCAAAAAUAAAAACCCUCUCCAAAGGAGGCGAAUUGUUACUCGAAGCUAUCCUCCUCAACUUCAUCUGCCAACAAUUUCUAGGAAGGCAGUUUGCAUUUCUUGAUACGGUCGUUAAAGAGCAGGGAAUGAAGAAGAAUCCGUUGUAUGCGGAUUAUUACGAAAGAGCAUUCUAUGACCUAGCCUUGUCUAUCAAAAAAGUCGAUCCUUUUCAGUCCCAGAAAUUGGUAGCGGGCAUACUGAUGUCAGCUAGCUCAGUAACCUUUCCAAAACUCGAUGAAGAAGGGACCAAUAAUGAGCAAAAGGAGCAACUGAAGAAUGAUAAGUUCCUUCAGAACUUUGAAACCGCCUUAAAGGAUCUUGCAAAAUACUUCCUUGAGCACCCAUCCAAGCCUCUCCUAGAAUUGAUCGCGGAUUCUAAGCGGGAAAAACGCAAAGGCGAACUGGUCAGAAUCUUUCGCCAUGCUCGAGAGUUGGGUUUUUUCAUGUGGUCACAGCCAGCUACUGUCAAAAUCGAAUGGUAUGGGAGUUCAGCUUUUGACCCAGCCAUUAUGGAACUUCACAACCUCGCUUCCAGAGGCAGAGACAAAGCCGACGAAGAGGAAAGCCUACGAGGAGAUCGUAUAUUGAUCAACAUCAAUCCCACCGUAACCGGAAUUUCGAUUGAUCCAGAGGAUCAGAAGCGCGAGGUACAAAAGACUUGGCUAAAAGCAAGAGUAUGGACGAAUCGUUCUAUCACACUUACAGAUUUACGCAAGUUGGAAAAAGCAGGCAGCAAUCAGAAUACAGAUCCCGCCAAAGUAGAUGUGUCAGGAUCGAAGGAUAUGUCAACUGAGGAAAAAAAGGAGAGUGUCUCGGAACUUGAAGCUACAAGUCUUCGGAAAGUUGAAGUUGUUAUGCCAAGUUUGGAAGAGAUCUCGGGCAUGACUAGACCUGAGGCGCAAGAGUUGCCACAAAAGGAAGGGGGUUCGGAAGAAGAUCUGGACGAAGAUGUGGAAGAAGAAACUGCAGUGAAGCCCGAGCAAGUCUGAACAGCACUUGGGAUGCUAAACACAAUACUGGGUGAUGAACGCUGAGCAAAAAAAUUGAAUUUUACUCAACUAUCAAGUCGAAAAUCUUUCUUUUUCAUGCCAAACGUUGAUGCUACCAUAACAGAUUGCCUGUCCUUACGAGUCGAUUGCAAAUCUAAAUUGCCUGUGUUUUGAAUCCGUUAUCCGUACCUCGUUAAUCAGCUAUUAUUGAAUUUGGCCACUAGCUUUAGCUAUACAUAAACUCAGGAACCCAGAAUGCCAGAAAUCCUCAUUACCAUAUCUAGGAUCGAAAGGUGCUCAUCCGAGCCAUCAAUAAGCCUCCUAUCCAUCUCCGAGAAAACGCCCACGAUUUUGUUCUUUUGGAUAUCAGGAAUAGCGUCGUUGAAAACAACUCGCUGGUAUAGCUGUUCACGCGGUUAGGAACACGUU